AUGAGGACAGAAAGGAACAUACAAACUUUUAAUGGCAAAAGUACUUUACUUGGUAGGAAUUUGAUGAAGCAUCAACUUGGUGGAGUCAUUUUUGGAUGCACAAGACAUACAAUGAAAGAAUGUCUAUCUAAGCAACUCUUUGGCUUACCAGCUCAACACUUUUCAUAUGUUGAAAAUAUUAAUCCAAAGAUGCCUUUAUUUCUAUUCAACUAUAGUGAUAGGAAGCUUCAUGGAAUUUUUGAGGCAACUAGCCAUGGAAAAAUGUUUAUAGACCCUUAUGCAUGGAUUAAUGAUGAUUAUACCGAUGAAACACAAUAUCCUGCACAGGUAAAAGUUCGUGUUCGAGUUCAGUGUCAUCCGUUAUUAGAAGAUAAAUUCGGACCAGUAAUUAAAGAGAAUUACUAUCUUAAUAAUCAUUUUUGGUUUGAACUAGACCAUACACAAACAAGUAAAUUAAUGUAUUUAUUUGUAUCUACUGCCAAAGCUACUAAAAUACCAAUACCACAAGGUAACAUAAACCGGAGAAGUGAAUAUUCAUCUUCUCCAUACAAAAUAUUAAAGAAAGAUGGAUUGAACCAACCAUUACGAACUGACUCAAUUAGAAUAGAGGUAAAACAUGAUGAAAAAAAUCGUGUAUAUAAGAAACUAUUAGAAUUGGUUCUUGAAAAGAAAAAUCAAGAUCCAUCUUUGAUAGACAAUGUAAGAGAAGCUCCUGAUGAGAGAAAGAUAAAGGAUUAUAAAGACACAUCAUUGAGUUUAAGAAAGAAGGGAGAAAUUUGCACUUCUUCAUUUGAGAAUUUAUACACUUUAGUACAGUCGGUGCAACAACGGAUUAAAGAACAAAAAUUUUUUCAAAAGACUCAGUCGUUCGAGAAUGGUGAUCUAAAACAAAAGCCGGUUUCCUUGGAAAGUCAACAGAAAGAUGAUGAUACUAUGUCUAGAUUCACAAAUGUGGAGAAGAAGAUUAUCCAAUCAAUAUUAUCCAAGAAUGCAACCAAAUCUUGUCAACCAUUGAACUUUGUAGGUAUAUACACUACACAAGUACGAUUGAAAGUUUCCAGUACUAUAAAUGGACAUAAAUGCUUCAUAAAUGUUGAGAUCUUUAAUUUAGAUUAUGGAAGGUGGAUCUCUAUAAAUUCAAAUUCAGAUAAGAAAUUUAAUCUUGCUGAAAUGGAACUCAAUGAUUCACUUCAUGUCAAUGGUGGAUAUAAUGGAUUUGACUAUUUGAAGUAUACUAUAGAUGGCAUUGAUGAAUGCACAAGUGUUCCAUAUAUGGAUUUCUUCGAUCCAUGUUUUGAGGCAAGGAUGAAACUCAUGAAUUUUCUUGAGAAUUUUUCUGAUGCUAAAGAUUUUAAGAAGCCUAUGAGAUUGAGGGAGUCUAAGUUUUUGAAAACUUUUUAA